CGUCGCAUUCUCUUUUUACGGCUCAGCGAGCUUUCGUCUUUUAGCUUGGCUUGUGUUGCGUUGUCUCUUCUUCUGUUCUUUACUUUGCUUCUUAAAACUCUGAAACUCUGCUCUCAAUUCACCACUCUUUCAGAUCCAGCCUCCAUUGCCCUCUUCCUUUAUGCUUUUAUCUCGUUCAAACUCGAUCAAAUUUAGUUUCUUUUCUGUAAUUUUUUUUUCUAUCGAGUUAGGGCUCAAUGUUUUGACUCUUUUUUUUUUUCGAAAUUAGUACGAAACCCAGUGCAUUUAGUCCAUUUUUAGGUCUUUGAUAUUAGAUUCAGUUUAAAUUUUUGUAAAUUUCUCUUUUUGGUGCCAGAUCAGAGGACGGGUUUUAUCUGAUUUUAAUUUUUUUUUUUUGGGAUUUUUCCGGGGUUUAGUCUGAUUUGUUGACUGGGAUUGGUUUAUUUACAUUGAAUCUGGGUUGCAUGUAGAUGAUUGUGUGGGAUUGUGAUCAAAGUUUAGUUCUUUAGUGCCAAAAUCGAGUUUGCUAUUAGAAAUUAGGGUUUUGUUGUUUGAAUUUUAUUUUGAUAAUUCAAGGCUUUUUGCUGUUUAGGGAUUUUAUUUGGUGACUCGGCAUGUGUAAACAUUAAGGGGUCCUCUGCUCACUUGUAGAGGAUCCCUACUUGUAUAGAAAGAAAUAAUUGACAAACAAUUGGGAUCUUAAGUCAUUCUACCUUGAAUUAGAGUUGGAGAAAUGCAAUAGUUUGUUGAUUUUGAGUUUUAGUGGUGCUGAAUUUUGCAUUUGGUGGAUUGGUAUUUGUAUUUGUGUGGAUAACUCGAUAAGUAUUCAUAUAAAAUUUAGGACGAAAUGUUUAGUUCUGUUCCAGGCACUGGACAUGAAAAUAGUAGGGUUAUGGGUUCUCAUUUGAUCCCGGUUCGGUUUGUGUGGCCGCAUGGAGGGAGAAGGGUGUUUCUCAGUGGCUCUUUUGUUAGGUGGUCAGAGCAUAUGCCUAUGUCACCGUUGGAAGGAUGUCCUCAUGUGUUUCAGAUAGUUUGCAGGUUGCCUCCAGGAUACCACCAGUAUAAAUUCAUUGUCGAUGGUGAAUGGAGACAUGUUGAGGAACAGACCUAUGUAAGUGGGAGUUUUGGGAUAGUGAAUACUGUCGUUGUACCUGUGGAACCAAAUGCAGUGGUUUCUACUGUCUCAACCCCUGAGAUACCUGGCAACAUGGAGGUUGAUGAUGUUACUAUGUGUUCGGAUGCUGUUACAGAAAUCUCGGAUGCUGAUUUAGGGGUCUCUCGACAGCGUAUAUCUGUAUUUUUGUCGACACAUACUGCAUAUGAGUUGCUUCCUGAGUCAGGCAAGGUUAUUGCCUUGGAUGUCAAUCUACCUGUGAAACAAGCAUUUCAUAUUCUCUAUGAACAGGGAGUCCCUGUGGCUCCUCUUUGGGAUUUUUGCAGGGGCCAAUUUGUUGGAGUUCUUACUGCAUUGGACUUCAUCAUGAUUUUAAGAGAGUUAGGGACGCAUGGAUCAAACUUAACAGAGGAAGAAUUAGAGACACACACCAUAGCAGCUUGGAAAGAAGGGAAAGCCCAUCUCAAUCGACAAAUUGAAGGCGAUGGUCUUUCACAUCCUAAACCUUUUGUCCAUGCUGGUCCAUAUGACUCUAUGAAGGAUGUUGCUUUGAAAAUUUUACAAAACAGGGUGGCCACAGUUCCAAUUAUUCAUUCAGUGUCACCGGAUGGUUCAUUUCCACAGCUGCUACACCUUGCUUCCCUGUCUGGAAUACUAAAGUGUAUAUGUCGCCAUUUUAAACAUUCUUCUAGCUCAUUGCCUGUUCUUCAACAACCGAUAUCUUCACUUCAUUUGGGUACAUGGGUCCCACAAAUUGGGCAAUCAAAUUGUCGGCCAUUUGCAAUGUUGAGACCAAAUGCUUCACUUGGUGCUGCCCUAUCUUUGUUAGUUCAAGCUGAAGUCAGUUCGAUACCCAUUGUAGACGAUAAUGACUCAUUGGUGGAUAUAUAUUCACGAAGUGAUAUCACUGCUUUGGCAAAGGAUAGAGUUUAUGCUCAGAUACAUCUUGAGGAAAUGAGUAUUCAUCAGGCAUUGCAACUAGGACAAGAUGCAAAUCCUUCAUAUGGCUUCAACGGACGGAGAUGUCAGAUGUGUUUGCGCUCUGAUCCUUUACAGAAAGUGAUGGAGCGGUUGGCAAAUCCUGGGGUUAGGAGACUUAUUGUUGUUGAGGCUGGCAGCAAGCGAGUAGAGGGUAUCAUCUCAUUGAGUGAUGUGUUUAGAUUCUUGCUUGGUGUUUAGCUGGAAUGCCAUCGACUGCACAAAGGGCUUUGCUGUAAAUAUCCACGGCACUUCAUGGACCUCUGUAUAAGCAAACCCCUUGCCCGUACAUUUUCAUGGCGAAUCGUAUGCAUUUGUUCUUGCGUCUGUGAUUGGCUGGGCCUCUGCAUGUGUUGUGUCUGAGCUCUCCCAAUUUUUAGGGUAGAAAUUUCAAAGAGCAAAGAGAAUUUGUAUAUUGUGGGCAUUCAAUUUCUUUUUAACUUUCAUUUUUAUAACCCAAUUGCUGCUCUGGAUCAGCUACCAUGUUUGUGUCUAGUGCUAGCUAACAGAAAAAUGAGGUCCCCCAAGAUAAAAAAAGGUUUAAAAUGUAUGUAGCAGCACCCUAUGCUGCAGAUGUGGUGGGUAAUUCAAUUUUUAGCCUCUGUCAAAUGGAAAAGGAUGUCUCUCACUCUUCCAGUCUGUGUCAUUCUAUUCUUGCAGGAUUUUUUUUUUUUCUGCCGACCCUCUAUGUGAAAGCCAUGUGUGGGGGCACAUUAUGAUGUUUAUCCAUAAUAUUUAUAUACAAACGGUUGUGAACGUAUAUUUACAAAUAUAACUAUUGUGUUGUCAUGUGAUUUGAAUCUGAUCACAUGAUAUGGUGAUA